ACUGUUCGAAGUAUGCCAGUUUCUGGAGCGCGACGGACAACUAAUGAUUCUUCUGGUCUUUGAGCACCUGAAGCAGGAUUUGUCUGACCUCAUCGAACGCCUGCCCAAAUCAGGCAUGUGCCCCACCACAAUCCAGCAUCUGUCGCGGGAGCUCCUGACCGGCGUGGACUUUCUGCACUCGCAUCGCAUCAUCCACCGCGAUCUGAAACCGCAGAAUCUGCUAGUUUCCGCUCAGGGCCAUCUGAAGAUUGCCGAUUUUGGUCUGGCCAAAACAUACAACUCCGAAAUGAAGCUGACAUCAGUGGUUGUUACGCUGUGGUAUCGCGCUCCCGAGGUACUUCUUAUCCAGCCCUACAACAGUUCCGUGGAUCUCUGGAGUGCCGCCUGCAUAAUCUUUGAGAUGUUCAACCGGAAGGCUCUGUUCCCGGGCACAUCAGAGAAGAACCAGCUGGAUCGUAUAUUCGAGCUGACGGGCCGACCCACAGAUCAGCAAUGGCCCAAAACCAUCUCUGUGGCACGGGAGCAUUUCCCUCACCGCCUUCCCAAGCGGCCACGUGACUUUUGCCCCAACCUGUGCGAGUUCUCCGAUGACCUGUUGAAUGUACCUUUGUGUGUUGCUCUCUCCGUCUGGAUAAACAUACUAAUCUAUGCCCUCCUCCAUGUCCUUCAUCCAGCAAAUGCUGUCGUACGACAUAAACAUGCGCCCCUCGGCCCUGGAUUGCCUAGAGCACGAUUACUUCACGCAGGAGCCGCUUUAAGACAGGGCCACCGAUGGGUACAAUGGACAGAGCUCCCAGACGUAGUCGGGUGGAGUUCGUACGCAUUGGAUGGCCGCAACCAGUGUUUUGUUCUUGUCAUAAUGUUCCUUUAAAUGCAGUCCAGCAUGUCAUUCAUUUUCCAGUCUAGGUGUCUUGCCCUGCACCCGGGUCCAGGUCCUAAGGCAGAAGCAGGAGCUGAAUGAAUACCAUACCUUAAUAUGUUUUUAGUCGUAAGUUAAGUGUGGAACGUGCGCAAAACGUGUAGCCGCAAAAUCCCAAAAGUGGAACGAUUCUCGGGAAAGAUCAGAACAAGUUCAGGAAUACAUUAUACAAUUUCAAAAUUUUGUACAGCAGCAGAAAUAAUUCAAUAUUUAUGCCUAUGUGCAGAAACUAUGUUUGUAAAUACACAUAUGUACAUAUGUAUGUAAGUAUACAUAUAUGCAUUGAUACCUAGAUAAUUUGUUAUAGAUCCUAUGGACCGUAAAUAAAAGUACAGUCCCAUAA